UACCCGAUGUGCACGCAUGGCGCACCGCAGGGAAAGGUAAAAAUGACGCUGGUUGGUCGGGACUAAAUCAAUGCGAGCGUACAAGAAUUGACCGGAGGAUGGUGCGUGCAUGGCAGGCAUGAAGGCAAGAGCAUGAGGCCAGGGGAGCGACAGGUGCCGAGUCGCCCACGUGGGUUCUCUUAGCAGUGGAAGACGGCUUCCUUGUGACUGCUUGGAGUCAGGACGAUGCCGAGUAAGCGAGUGGGGGGAUCCAUUCGGUAGCAAAUGCUGCUAACCCGUCGCAAGGUCAAGAUCAGUCGGUUAAUCUCGUCCAGUGAGCGAAGACCUUGCUUGCACCUUGCACAAUUAUUGGAAAUAAGUUGUACCCGUCUAUGUUCAGGAAUAAACAUUGCUGCGUUAUAGUUUGAUUUUUCAUCAAGCGGCAGAACAGCGCGACAAACUUACGAACCUUUUCCGCCUAUUGCGUUCCAAGUAAUUCUUUCCCUCCGAAAGGGAUAUUUCGUUUGAUGGUGUUUAUAGUGGAUGAAACUUUGAAAUUUUGCCGGGAUUUAUCCCCUCUCUCGAUUCACCGCUAAUCACUGUUACACGCGCGUGUAAUCACACAGCCGUAUUUUAUUAAUCACAACUUGUUAUGGAAACUUGUGUUUUGAUUCCAAAAGAGUUCUCAUUGGUUCUUACUGCCGGUCCGUCGAACAAGCUAUUCAAAAAUGCACCCUUCUCCGAGAUGCGGAUCUCGGUGUGGUCCAACGUAUUUAUACCUUCAGGAACACUUAUAUACCCGUUUCAAGGAUCAAUCAGAUUCGAUAAAAUUGAUCUUUACUCCCUUCUCGAUGACAACGAUAUACGGCGCGAGUACGGCUGCUACGACGAGGUGUCAUUUUCGAAUUAUAAUCUGAACUACCGUCAGUGUAAUUGGAUAAGGUUUCUGCACAUUGUACAGACUUACAACGAACAGGUGAAUCUUAUCGGCACAAAAGUCAAGGGAGAACCGAUAUUUGAGGUGAUCAAAGACGUUCAGCCGGACACGGAAUUGGCAGCCUGUUUCGUACCUGUGGAUGAUCACGAUUUGGUUUUUAUAUCACACGCUCAGUGGACACGUACUGCGAUCUACAGGUACACGAUCGAUUCAAUUUUGGACGAGUCACCGCUCGAUCUGUCAAUGGCCUUAUUAUCGCAUCAGUCAUCGUCAGUUCCAUCUUGUUACGAAGCCGAUGAAUACGAAUCGACGUCCGGCGAAUCGUCGACGUCCACGUUGUCCAUAGUUGGUGAUCAUUUGGAAUGCAGCAUCUUGACGACUAUGAAACGGGGCGAACGUGUUUUAUUGCCAUGCGAAGUUUGCGGAAAAUCUUUCGACCGGCCAUCCCUACUUAAGAGGCAUAUGAGAACGCACACAGGCGAGAAACCCCACGUCUGCAUGGUAUGCAGCAAAGGCUUCUCAACGUCAAGCUCUUUAAAUACACACAAACGAAUACACAGCGGGGAAAAACCGCACCAAUGUCUUGUGUGUGGAAAAAAAUUUACUGCUUCCUCGAAUCUCUACUAUCAUCGCAUGACUCACAUAAAGGAAAAGCCACACAAGUGUUCGCAGUGCUCGAAGUCCUUUCCAACACCGGGUGAUUUGAAAAGUCACACUUACGUUCACAACGGACUUUGGCCGUUCAGGUGCCACAUAUGUAAUCGCGGAUUCAGCAAACCAACGAAUUUGAAAAACCACAUGCUGCUGCACUUGGGCAGGUGUUCGAACAAGAAGUUUGUCAAGUCAGACUUAUGAUCGGCUGAUGGAUCUCACGAGAAUAGACUGACAAAUAAUUAUAGUAUGGAAUUCAUCUCACCGCAUACCGAGGAUGCACGGUUAACGGAUAUCGCGCGGGCUGCAUCGUUAAUGGGCUAAAAAAGGUGCAAAAUACUCAUAAAUCAAAUUCAAGUGUCGUCUAUACGUGUGCGUGGAUUCUCACAUCGAUAUCGUCUUACCUGGAAUGAAUUAAGGAGGAGAAAAAUUCUCCGCGAUCAACACUGGUACAUUACACACAUACAGUCGCACAUAUGUAUACACCUGCACCGGUAUACACGGAUCGAGAUCGAGUCAGCUCACAAGCAAUUUAAAACUGGGAUUGACGGAGCAGGUUCACCUUGACGAAAAGUAGUUCCAGUACAUAUAGGUGACAAGAAAACUAUAUGUAUGCAUGGAUGCGUGCAAGGGGUUUGCACUUUCGGUAUAAAUUGCGCGUGAAACUGAAUUGCUGAAUUAAAUAUUGUGAUUAACGAGAUUUCAAGGCUGAAAUCUAUGAUACUUUGAGCAAAUUACAGUCGAAGCGGCGCGUAUUACAGCUUUAACAUUAUCAAGUCAUGUUACUGAUACGUAUACUUGGUACUAGCUUUUGUAAGGAUGUUUUUUUCUUUUUCAAUCUGUCAAUUUGCUUCAAUUACAAUGUAAGAUUGCGAUCGAGAUAACGAAUGGAGACAUGGUUAAACCGUGUAUUAUGCAUACUCUCUUAUUAUGGUCUCGCAUGUGAGAAUUUUUACUGACUGCCAUAUACAAUGCUGACGAAUAUGUCACAUACAGAUAGUAACGUUAUGUAUUAAAUAUUGUAUUGUAUUAUAUCGAUGAAUUGAUAAUUAGGGAUUUUUAAAGCAAUAUCAUUUAGUCUUUAUAAGCGGCGCGUAGUCUUGCCUAACAGAUUGAACAUUGUCUGUUGUAAAUAAUGUUAGUCUAAUAAAGUUAGUUUGAAUAAA